UCCAAAACAACGCCUCGUACAGUUCUUCAAGUAAAGCCACAACAGAUCACAGAAAAAACUUCGAGACACACAGCUAGCUAGCUGCAAAGAUGGCGUCGACGGUGGCGAGCCUUUCUACCACGGCGACCUUCGCGGCCGCCGCCGACGUGCUCCCGAUGAGGAGGAAGGCCGCCGCGGGGCGCGUCUGGUUCCCGGCCGCGGCGCGCCGCGGCUUCGCGGUGAGGUCGAGCGGGCCGGCCACGCCGCCGGGGAUCUCCGACCAGGUGUCGGAGAGCAUCAAGAAGGCGGAGCAGACGUGCGAGGGCGAGGAGGGCUCGGGCGAGUGCGCGGCGGCGUGGGACGAGGUGGAGGAGCUCAGCGCCGCGGCGAGCCACGCCCGGGACAAGCUCAAGGAGGACAACGACCCGCUCGAGAAGUACUGCAAGGAGAACCCGGAGACCGACGAGUGCCGCACCUACGACAACUGAUCGGCGCGCCUGCUUGCCUGUAUGCUAAAUUCGUUAUAAACAUGGUUGAAGGAAGGAUAUAUAGUGAAGUGAUGGAAAAGCGGGUUCUAGCUAUAACUCGGUGAAUUUACACGAAGCUUUAGGUGGAUUAUGAUCCAAAGAUAGGACCACUUUGGGACCAUAAGUAAUCUGAAAUAAGCUAGCCAUAAUUCCAAAGUGGUUUAAAAUGAACUUUUACCAUAAUACCCAUGACCUAUAAUCCAAUCUAUAUAAUAUCGGUGGAUUAUAAUCUCAAACAAACAUAACCUUAUAUUUCUC